AUGGCCACCAACGCCCUGGGUGCGGUGAAGCAACAGCUGGGGGUGGAAGAGCAGCCAUCGGACGUCAAUGUGAAGCUCUGGCACCAAGCAGUUCCUCAGUACAGAGUCGGCCACCACAAGUUAGUGGAGGACUUCAACGCCGCGCGGCGACGCCGGCUUCCGUGGCUUCAGGUCUGUGGUCCGGGAUAUUUUGGGACCCGAAAUGUUGCGGACGAAAUCGUUGACGCCCGCGAGCUGACGGAUUCGGUCGCUCGGCGCUUCAUGCGCUUCCCACAACUCGUCGAAAAUGAGACCGAAGAGGACACCUCUCGGCGACUUGGACCCGUCUGA